AUGAAACCAAAAAUUAAUGUAGCACCUUCAAGAAAGCCAAAUUUAAAAUUUAUACUUGAUUCAUCCUUAAUUGAAUCAAAUCGUGUUCCUUUAUUUGCUUCAUGGAUCGAUAGAAAAGAUUCCUCCUAUAACAAAAAUGAUAUUCCUUAUGAAUUUAAAUUAUUAUAUCGUUCAGAUCGUGAUGGAUUUAAUAGUAAAUCUUUUCAUAUAAAUUGUGACAAUAAAGGAGCUACUAUUUGGAUAGCAAAGAUUAAAGGUACAACACAAUUAGUUGGAGGAUAUAAUCCACUUGAUUGGGGUGGGGAUUCUGGUUGGAAAAGAACUACAGACAGUUUUCUAUUUUAUAUUACAGAUGCAAAAGAUAUUUCCACUGCAAAACUAAGCUAUGUUAAUAAUGCAGAUUAUGCUAUAAGUUGCCUUGACAAUCGAGGACCAAAGAUGGGUAAUUUCCGUUGUGAUGGCACCAACGAUUGGAAAUUUUGUUUUACUAAUGAUGUUAAUGUUAAGUUGGCUUACCCUAAAAUAGGUAUUCCAGAAAGUUUCAUGGUAGAGAGUUAUGAGGUAUUUCAAGUAGUUAAAAAAUAG